UGAUAGAUCUUACAAAAUGGAAGUAGCUCAUUCAAAAUCAAAACUUUUCUAUUAUUUAAGGGUUUGGAUUGGUUUUGUUGGACUGAUGGCAUUUGGUAAUGCAGUUCAGUGUUUUGUAGAUGAUUCUUUUAUAAAAUCUCGUCUGUACACCAGAGAACCAUCACAAGUAACUGGACUUGUUGCACGACUUUUUGGAGUUUGGACUCUACUGGCUGGUGUCCUCAGAUUGUACUGUGCCAUAGAUAUUUAUAAUAAGAGUGUAUACAACUUAACAUUUGUGUCAUUCAUCCUGGCUUUUGGACACUUCUUGUCAGAACUCUGCAUCUACCAUACUGCGCAUGUGUCAUUUGGAGUGAUGUCCCCUAUUGUUGUAUCAGGUUUCUCUAUGUUAGCAAUGCUGAUUGGUUACAGAUACCUCAAUCCGAAGACGUCAUUUGAAGAUGUGUCCACCAAAUUUAAAACAAAACGGAGUUGAUGUUAAUAUAUUAUGUUUAUAUUUUUAUACAUGUGUAUGAGGGACAUUAAUAAUAUCUGUAGCCGAUCCAUCUGAUUCAGUGUUGUCAGAUUUUUCAUCAUUAUUUUGCAAUAUUGUCAUAUUGUACAUGUACCUCAAUAGUCCAGCAGUAGCCCAGUGGUAAAGCGCUCACCUGAUGUAUGGUUGGUUUAGGAUCAAUCUCCAUCGG